AUGGAGAUUUGUAAGAACAAGCUGUUCGAGCAGGCGCUGGCGGUGCAUGACAGGGACACGCCCGACCGCUGGCACAACAUUGCCCGUGCUGUCGGCGGCGGCAAGUCGGCGGAUGACGUCAGGCACUACUACGAGCUGCUCGUCCACGAUAUUGCCCGGAUCGAGGCCGGCAAGGUGCCUUUCCCCGCCUACCGUCCCCCAUGCCCCGGCCCCGGUCACAACGGCAGCUACGAGGCCGACAGGUUGAAGCACUUGAAGAUCUAGGCGGUAAUCGAGUAAUGGACAAGGAAUGAUACACACUACACAGAUGGAUUGAACGGAGCAUCUGCAUGGUGCAUGGGGGUACCUUGUAAUACUUAUAAGCGUGUUCAUGGUGUCUAUGACUCCAUGUCAAUGUAUAUAUGCACGACUAGCGGGCAGAAAAGUUGGCCCAUUAUGCAGAUGCAUGCAUGUUCAUAAUACUCUAGUGUCUAGAUGUACGUGCGAUCGACUUGUCUCCUUACUCACAUGGGUUUAACGUAUCUCGUAUGUAUUCUAAUGUACAAUAUUAAUAUUAUCCUUAUAUUAUUGUCUGCACAUGUGAC